UCUGUGCGAGUUAUUUUUCCUCUUAUGCAUCCAGCUUUUCUCUCCCCCCCCCCCAGCCCCGCUCUCUUCUUCUUUCUUUCUCUUUUUGCUUAUGCAGCAGCCACCGGGAUUACCCGGCUCUCACGGCGGGAGCAUUGGUCGACUCGUUCUGCAGAUCGAAAGGCGAGGGGAGAAAUUGCUUCUUUUGCAGGUCCUACAGGUCGCUUUGGGACUCAGAGCGAAUGCAGCGCUCCGCGAGGAAUGGAGUUGAUCCUAAUGUUUAAAUGGCUCUGAAAUGGUUAAGACGUGUUGCACAUGUUCAGCAGCUGUUUCGUAACAGCCUCCCCUCGUGGGUAAAGUGUUCGAGGCAGCUGGUGGGCCAGGCCUGUGGCUGCCUUUGGACUAGGAUGCGCUCUCCCUUUUGAGGUGCCUUAGGCACCUCUCUCUAUUUUGAGGUGCCUUAGGCUGCAGUCCUGAAUUCACUUACCCUGCAUGUAAACCUCGUUGAGCUCCAUAGGACUUAAUUCUUCAUAGGCAUGGUUAGGAAUAUGCUGUUGGUUUUUUGCUGCACUGAGCUUCUGUUGGGGAGAGACUUCAUUCAAGUUGAUGUGAUGUAGAGAGGGGAUGUAGGACUUGAACUGUACCUGAUGCAAAUCUUUACUCAACCAAGAGGUCAGAAAAAGACACAUGCAGCUCUGAACUUCUUGAAAGAUGCACGCAAUACAAAUACUGUAUAAUACUGUUGUGAAUGUGAUAUAUGUGCUAUGUGUUACAACACACUGCAGUACAUUCCCCUUUUGACUUAAGCCCCACUGUGUUCACUGGGGUUGGCUUCUUGUAAGUGUGCACAGGAUUUCAGUCCUCAGCAAGUAGUGUAUGAUGAAUGGGAAACUUAUGAUCCUGGAGAUCUUAUUGAACUACAGUUCCUAAUAGCUCUGAUCAUUGAACAUGCUGAUGGCAUAUGAGAAUUGAGAGUCCAUUCGCACCCAGAGGGCCAUAGGUUCCCAAAUGUUUUAGGAGUUGGGAAUGUAGCCUUAUGUGAACUUGUUAGUAUGGCUUCAAAAACAUUGCACCCCUGUAUCUUCUGAUACAAUGCAUACAUGUUUUCGAUAGGAGUCUUAAAAAACACCAUUCAUUCUAAGAACACCUCUUAUUUUUGUUUCUUAACCCAAUAUACCGUAAUACAGUAUUUUUAAAUCCUUCGGUUUUAAAAGAUGCACAAGCUAUUGGGCUAUAUAACAUGGGCUAUAAAUCAACACAAUGUUUGUCUUCUGCUAUUUACUUCCCCAGUACGUACCAUAUAUGUUUAAAAUGAAGUCCUAAGGAAAAACGUAGGCCCACUCUAGCCUAAAAGCUUACACACUGUGUUUUAAAACAAUUGUAUAAUGUUAAGCAUUUGUGAUUCCACUCUGCAGUUUUCUUAGAUGUUGCCAUUUAAAGAUGCCUUGUUGUGGCCAGAGAGGUAGUAAGUAUUAAGGCGAUUUAUCAUAAAACAUUACAGACGUGUGCUACUCAUCUGUUGAGCAAUGAAACGAUGCCAGCCCCAUGAUGAGCUGACUUUUCUUGUAUUGAUAUUCUGCCUUUCUUCCAUCACAGAGCCCAUGUGAUUCUCCUGUAGGUCAUUUGUGAAAAUAGGAGGGAGGGAGAAAAUUGCAUUCAGUAUUAGGUUCUGAAAUUGUUUUCAAAUGACGUUUAGACUACUUGGUUUUUAAUUUACUACUGUAUGCCCUUAGUGUAUGUGUGCUAAAUUUACACACAUGCAUACUGAUGCAUGCAAACAACCUCUGUUGUCCAGUAUGACUGUUUGUCAACUCCUGGGUUAGGAUAGCAACUGGUGCCUUACCUUCUGUUAGUACUGCCAAAAUGCUCCUACAUAUGCUGUGAAUUACAGCUUCAUGGAGAUAGCUGCAGGUUUCAUAGAUCUCAGCCUUGUGUAAAUGGGGCAUGCUGCGGAAUGAGCACUGCACUAUAGUGGAAGAACAUAAGCAGGGAUGUAGAAGGGAGAGACCUGUGGCCCUCCAGGUGUUGCCGGGUUACAGGUCUCACCAUCUCUGUGUAUGAAGCGAGCCAUGUACAAAGAAAGUGAAGCUUAUAACAGUAGUUGGAGAGCAGAACAGGAAACUACUAUAUUCAUGGAGGAAUGCAUCAGUGACCAUCUCUGGUCUGGCUGCUCAGUGCUUAUUUUCAGGGUAGCUCUGUAUAUUGAGGUGUGGACAGAAAGGAUUGAGGUGACUCCAUGAUCACCAAAAUCACUUCAUAUUUUGUACAGUGAAAGGAUAUUUCUAAACCAAUUCCUCAUUUCUGCUUCUAGAGAUCUGAACAAGCUCAGUUAUUCUAUCGGAUUUGAACAUACAAGCAAAAUAAAACAAUUUGCUUGAGCAUUGCAGCCGGUACCUUACUACGUCAUACUCAGAAUAGACCCAUUGACAGCUAAUCAUUAAGCCCAUUGAUUUCAAUGUGUACUUUACUCAGACACAACCCAGUGUUUUCGCAUCAUCAUUUUCUUGCAUCUGUGACUUUCUCCCCAGUAGACUUGCAUUCAUAAAAAGAGCUUCUCCAUUGCAGCUUGGGGUCAUAUUACGUAGUUUUUCUUUCCUGUAAUUAGUCUCAUUGCUAACUUGGAGAACCAAAUGGAGCAGCAAUCUACAACCACAGAACCAAACUUCUGUGUGUUUGCUGUUCCCUUUUCCCUGUGUUUGCUGAAUAAUCAGAGGGUUCAGAAAUCAGUCAUUUCAUAAUCUGUUCACUUGUAUUGUGAGAGAGGCUGGUCAAGGCCAAAGUGAUUACAUCACAUGUGUAGACAGCACACUUUCACAUGACAUCCCAUUCCAUUCAUUGUGACUGGUUAGGUCUUGUGACAGGGUAAUGUCUGGAUCUUUUGCCAGGUUCUAUCCUUUUGAAAUGCUAAAUAUGCUGCGGAAAUAAAGACUGAAAGGGGGCAGGGGGGGAGGACUGGGUUGGGGGCUUUGAUUUUCGCCUUCUCCCCGUUCAAAAACUAGUUCUGCUCAUUUUAAUGUUUAUUUUUCCAACUAGAACAACCACCUGAAGCAACAUACCCUCCCCUUCAGAUUACUCUUUUUCGUUAAUCAUGCUGAGUUAAUACUGCAGUUCUUUUGCAGCCUCAGGUCAAAUGGCCAACUUUUAACAUAGGUGGAGAGGUUGUCUCUUCCUGGUUCCUUUUGAUGUUUCCAGGUGGGAACCCUGUUGCAUAUAUAAAAGCCCCAUAACCGUUGCUGGGUCCUUGGAAGGUUAUUGGAGUCAGCUGCGGUUCUCAUAUAGCAGCUUCCCUCGGUCUGGUACCCUCCAUAUAUCCGGAGAGCACUAGGCUAAGGAAUAUGUAUAUAUGAUGACUUUCAUGCCACCUCUCUGUGUUUCCUGUGAAGUUGCCAGCAUCCCCUACACAACCACUUGUUGUGCAGGCCGUCUGUGCAGUUCUGAGUGCAUAAUUUCUAAAAGUGUUUUGACUUAAGCUGAUCCGGAAGCUCUUAUCCCUCAUCCCCUGUUACUUGGAUCACUGUUGUUACUGUUAUUUCUUUUCUAUGCUCUGGAACUGAACCCUAUCAGUAGCCAAGGUUAUGCCCAAUUUUUGUGCCUUCGGCUGCAGGACCCAUAUGUCAACCUGAAGUGGACAGCUUGCAUGAUAAUGCCCUAUAGGGGCAGAUCAGCUGCUGUGCUGAGUGUUGUCCUUUUCUAGUGCAGUUGUGAAAUCUUUUUGCUUGGCACUGAGCCUUUAGUAACAAUAAGAGAACUAGACACCUAGCCCACAUAGUACAUUACCUUUACUCCAUAGUACCGUGAUUGUGUCAUCGAGCUGGACUAGCUGAACCAGUUGAGAGUUCAAAUGUAAAAUAUGCAAUUUAGAAAAGUGUUGAUGACCCACUUCCUAAGGGUGGGGGAAUUGACGUAGUUUGGCUUUUUCUUUAUGGCAUAAAGCUUUUUGGCUUCUGAUACAUUCACAUGGGCUUAAAAUUACUAGUAGGCUGGCAAGCAGGUGAAGGACAUCAUCUCUAUGCCUACGUGCUGUUAUUAAAAGCUCUUUUGGUAUGAUGCCAUCACAGUAUACUACAGGCUGGUUGUGGUGAGCUGUUCAAACUGGUGAUGAUGAGCAUGGGCACAGGCAACAUUUGCAGGAUUGAAAUGUAUGGAAUCGCAUGGAGCUCUCCUAUCCGAUUUUAGGAGCAUUUGAGAGUACAGUAUCUCAGCGCCCUGAGUAAAUCUGAUGUACAUCUGUGUCUUCUAGAAUCUGGUCCCUCUUCCUUCAGCUGAAGUGCCAGGCAUGCAGUGCACGGGUAACAAAACUUGGUUGCAUGUCCAUAGAGAAAUCCUUAAGAUCUCUGUUUUGGAGCUUGAGGUUGUCUUUGCUGUUGUCUUGAGCAGCCUGUGGGUGGAGAAAGAGUUAGUGAGACUUCCCCCUUUUUUAAGUGAUCCCAUGAGCUAAUGGAAAUACUUUGUGGGAAUGUAUCUCCCCCCCCCUAGAUUUUAUACCCUGGUCCAGCAUGGUUGAUAAAUUUGACUACAGGCAUUUCCACCUUAGCAGCAUCCUUAUUUGGAAAUGUGCGAUAUAAGCGGCACAGCUGUAGUAUAACUUAUUUCCUGCUGAAAACCAAAAUGAAAACAUAUUAAAACCAGUGUGCAAUAAUUUGCUAAAACUGCUGUAUCUAAAUAAUACCUUGGAAUAUGUGUUAGCGAGUUUUGAACACAGUAGGCUUUGAAUACUCCAGUUCUGUCCUUUCUAGGAUUUGCAACUAAACACAUGCUUUAUUGCUGCAGUGGGAUCCUUAGCUGGUAACAAUAUGUUAGCUUUAGUGAAUGAGCUCAUUCAGUUGGCAGUAGAUUGCAAGCCAUUCCUUUGGUGAUGCUGCAGUGCUUAGAGAGAUUCUACCAGCGUGAAAUUUAAAAAUUAGCAAUACUCCAUUGCCAGUAAAAGGGAAGAAAGCGUAAAUGAAUUUUGAUGCUUACUUGUUACUUACUUUAGUAGUGCCAUAGAGGCUCUGGAACAACACUAAAUGUAAGGCUGUGUGGAUUUCUAUUGUGUUCCUGUUAUAAAGUAUUACUUCUACACUUUGCAAUUUUUUGUGUCAGUAAUUUGGUAUGAAGAAGCACAUUAAGCAACUUGCCAGAUUUUUAGGAAAGGUAGGUGAGAAAGUGGUGGUCAAAACAACUGCUGGAAAAUAUAGUGAGAGACAUAUGGCUGGGAGCAAUUUGGUAUUGUGUCAAGUAAUCUUCUUUCUUCUUUGGCAAUCACUCGUAGCCAAGUAAGAUUGUCUUCCAUAAACAUGGUUUUAACAAUGAGUCUGUAAGUGACUGUGGAGGCCAAUUCUUGAUCCACACAUCCUUCCACGGUGUGGACAUUGGUUUCCAGGCAGGAGUUGAUCAUGGUGUGGAUUUGCCAGGUGUGUCUUCCUCUUAGCACUUUUCUACCUUGCAUCCUGAGUUCGCUCAAUGGUAUCUUCUGUAUAUAUCAAAGUGAGUUACUAUAUAAAGAGGAAAACAAAGGUUUGGUACCUAGGUAGUGUUAACGGAAAUAGUAGUCACUGGUCCAUUGUGUCUUUUGCUUGCGUAUUCACCCUAACCUGAAAGACUAAGGGAAGGGAAGUGGUGGUUGCGUGAAGGCUAAGUUGCAAGAGAGUUCAGUAUGUGAAUCUAUAUAACAUGUUUAUUGCUUAUGAAAUAUUUGAGGUUAGGUAAGGGCUUUUCGUUUUAUUUUUUUAAAAUGAGGUGCAUGAGUGAAUUCGUAAGUGUCAUUAAGCUUCUCUAAAACUGAAAGGGUUUGGAUGGGGGUUUUUUUUGUACCAGAACUUUAUUCACAGGAGAGAGCUGCUUCUGGUUACCAUGGAAACAUAUUUUUGGCAGGAAGCAGGAGGCCUUCAGGCAGGACUUCUCCGUGGAUUUAUUUUAAAUAAUUUCUAAACCACUUCAAGAUAGGAUCUCAGAGUGCCUUAUGACAAGAAACACAACAUAACAGCAGGAGUGUCUCAGUGAGAACAGUAUGGUAAAACACUUCAUUAAAACAUCAUCAGCUUAAUUCAGGGGCAGUGAAAAUUGGCAGCAACUGCCAGGAGAUGCCUCGGCAAAGAGACAUGCGGUUUGACUUCACCCCCUGAAGCACACUCCAUGGACUCUUGAGACAGACAGAUGCCAACAACAACAAUAUAAAAACAGUGCCAAUGUUCCUAUUUUCUUGAUAUAAGACUGUAAUCGAGUUAUUGUAGUUACAAGUUAAACGGGACUGCCACAAAAUAUUGCAGUGGGGAGUGCUUCUUCAGCUUGGUAUUUCAGUCACUUCAUUCUAUUCCUGCUCCACAGUUCCCCAGUUUCAUUUUAUUUCUUUUCAUUCUGCACCAGACCUUCUAUAUUCACUAAGCACGCUCAGCCUUAAUUUGGCUGCCUCAGUUCUCCCUGCACCCUGCAUCAUACCGGGGGGUUUGGCACACGAGGUGCACCUACUCUGCGCAGCAGAGACUGUAUUUUUUGAGAAUUUUAAGGAAAAACUAUCUUCCACAAAAGCUGCUGCUUGCCUUCUAUCACUGUGCCAUACAGAGCGUGCUCACGUACGGUUUAUGUGUGUGGUACGGAAGCUGUACUUCUCAGGAUAGAGCAGGGCUAUGUAGAAUUAUUAAAACAGCAGAGAGCUUUAUUGGCUGCUCACUCUCCACCUUAGAACAAAUCUACACCACCAGGUGCCAUAGAAAAGCACUAGACAUAUCAAGAGAUCCAACGCACCCUGGUCACCAUUUCUUUGAGCUCCUGCCAUCGGGACGGAGAUAUAGAACAAUGCAGGCAAGAACGAGCCGUCUCAGGAACAGUUUCUUCUCUAGAGCGAUUCUGGCCUUAAAUGGAAAGCCUGGACUUUGAAGUCAUCUUAUUUUACUUGUUAUUUUGUAUUAUAUUUACUGUUUUUAAUUAGGUUUUGUAGUUUUGGAUUAUGCGGAAUGCUUUAUCUGAGUGGAUGUAGCAACCGAGUAAUUUCAUUGUUCCCACAAGGGGACAAUGACAAUAAAGAUAUCUUAUCUUAACUACAUCAAACCUUUUAUAGGCAGUUCUCGCCUCCAUCCAUAACCAAUCCUGGUGCAUAGCUGUCAACCCCCGGAUUUGAAGAUAAGGAAUCCUAUGGGGCUGUCAACUCCUGGGUAUGAAAGUAAGGGCGCUGAAUAAGGGAAUUUCCCGCAAAAAAGGACCCUUGGCAAACUACAGUUCCCAGGAAUAUAUAUAUUUCAGGGGGGAGCCAUAUGCUUUAAAUGUAUGGUGUGGAUCUGACCUUGGAAUGACAUUUUACAUGUCAUACCAGAACAUUGUGCAAGAAAAGUGAAACUGAACUCAAAACACGUUCUUUUGCAAGAGGUCACACAGGCAGAAGCACGAGAGCUGCUAUAGAACCUACCUUUUAUAACAUUACACAAACGCGUCUGCAGACUCUUGCGUAAGAGUUUGCGGAACAAUGCUAGAGGCAAUAUCCCUACCGUUCAUGGGUUUUUGGGGUUUUUUUGCAUUCAUCCUUUGAUAGAUAUGUCUUGUCUCUGGAAUCUAUUGCCACUUUUGCUACAAGAGACAGCUUAAGGCCGUGUCAUGGCUGUACAACUAGGAUGAAACCAUUUUAGCCUUUUAAUGCUCCAUUUCCAGUUUUAAUAUUAGAUCAGAUAAUGUUGCAAUGUGAUUGCUAAAUGUCCACUUAUAUUGUGAAUUUCUCAUUAAGUCUAAAUUGAAAUAUCUUUCAUUGUAGCAAAAUUAUUCCAUCUCCUGUGCAAGCUAUAAAAAUGAGCUCUUCCAUCCUUCUCAAUAACCCUUUUUUUAAAAAAAAAAAAAUCUUCUCCUUUGAAAUGAAUAUAGUAAGUUGACUCCAGCAAUUUUACCAGCUCCCAUAUACCUUGACAAAUGAGUAUAGAAAACAGUGAAGCCAUUUCCGGACUGCAGUUUAUCAUCUAUCUCAUCGGAGGCAGGAUUUCCUAGCAUUCAUCACCAGUUGAAUAUGUAAACAUCACUCCAUAGUGGGGGGUGGUGGUGGUGGUUAAAUGUUACAUGUUGAUAAAGUUAUGAUGGUAGACAUUGUGCCUUUCUUCAUUCUCCUUGCACAAAGACUUAUGUGCAUUGUGCUAGUUGUGACAAUCCUAUUCCUCUUCAUACGUUAGGAUAACAACUAUAUGAGCAUGUUAACUUGAGGAUGGUGCCAAUGGGAGACUAUUAUUAUUAUAUAACUUAUAUAAUAUAACCCUUGUUCUUUUGAUCUCAUCUAAUUAUCUAGCACAGCUGUUUCUCAGUCUUCAAAUGGCAAGCCAUGAAAUAACAUUUAUUAAACAAAUCGAAGUUCUGGUUCAUGUCAUCUUCUGUGGCUACUUCUUUCCUUUCCCCAGAGUCUCCUAAAUCCAUUUUCACUUGUGGUGCUUUGAUGUGGUGCAUUAAUGUUUGUUUUUUGGUCAGUGGGUGAUGGUAGCUUAAGCAUUUUGAUGCAAAAAAGCAGUACUGUAGUGGAAAAUUCUGAAGUGCAGCCAUGUUGGUGACAAUGCAUAGCCAUGUCCCUAAACUUCUAGGAUUAUAGAACAAAAAUGAACUUCUGACAAAUACAAACAUCAUAGCUUCUAAAGCAACCCAGCUUUUUUCGUACUGUGAUCUCCACUUUAACAUCUAGCCUGAUGAAGAGUUCUGGUGGAUUCCAAAGCUUGCACACUAUUCUGUGACAUUUGUGUUUAUCAUAUUAAAGUGGUUUUGGAGUUUUGCAAAAUAAAAGUGGUACUUUAACCCAUGGGUUUUGGUGGCCAUCAACAUCUCUGCUGUGCUGGUGUUGCAUCAUCCUUGCCCAUCCUUGCUCUGCCACACUUUUGGUUGUAAGAGCAGCAGCAUCAUUUUGGGCUCAGUACACAAGACUGAAUGCUGGCCCUCUUUCCUAUAGCAGUGCACUGAAUUUAGCUGUCUCCCACUUCCAUCUGUAUGCAGGUUGAGAUCCUACCUGCCCACAGACAAUCUCACCAGAGUGGUGCAUGCCCUGGUUAUCUCCCACUUGGACUACUGCAAUGCACUUUACGUGGGGGUACCUUUGAAAGUGACUCAGAAGCUACAACUAAUCCAGAAUACUGCGGCAAGACUGGUGACUGGGAAUGGCCACCGAGACCAUAUAACUCUGGUCCUAAAGGAUCUUCACUGGCUCCCAGUACGUUUCCAAGCACAAUUCAAAGUGUUGGUGCUGACCUUUAAAGCCCUAAACUGCUUUGGCUCAGUAUACUUGAAGGAGCAUCUCCACCCCCAUCGCUCAGCCCAGACACCGAGGUCCUCCUCCUCAGGUCUUCUGCUGGUUCCCUUACUGUGAGAAGUGAAGUUACAGGGAACCAGGCAGAGGGCCUUCUCGGUAGUGGCACCCUCCCUGUGGAAUGUCCUCCCUUCAGAUGUCAAGAAGAUAAAGAAUUGCACAACUUUUAGAAGACAUCUGAAGGCAGUCCUGUAUCGGGAGGUUUUUUAACACAUGUUGUUUUUAUUAUGUUUUAGAUAUGCUGUAAGCCACCCAGGUUGGCUGGGAAACCCAGCCAGAUGGGCGGGGUAUAAAUAAUAAAAUUAUUAUUAUUAGCUGACUACUUUUAUUGAAGAGGCCUUUGAGCUGCAUCACUGAAACAGUUCUGAAGCAGCACUUUUAAUCAAGCUGGUGCUUUCUGGUCAUUGAGCAGGUAACAGAAGCAACAUUAAUCUCUCUCUCUGUGUGUGUGUGUGUAAACCCCUAACACUCCUCCACAAAGAGGAACAUGGAAACUACUGAACAAACUAGGAAGCACCAGUCAGAAAAAGUAGCCAAGCCCACGUAUCAGGAUGCCAAACCCAGGUGUGGUCAGGAAGACUCAGCUGACCUGUGCCUGUUGUACAGGAAAUCUUGGGCAAUGACAUCAGUUAGUAAUGAAGGGCAAAAAAUGAAGCUGUUGCAAUCGACGACUGUGGGUGUUAAUUGUAUCUUAUCACCUGGCCUCUCUGCCGUCACAGAAAGGCUUUAUUUUUUAGAAUGAUGUGUUUAAAAUACAAUACAUGGUAGAGGCUUGAGGGCAGGGUGUGGUGGGUUGGGGAGGUAAAUGCAGGCACAUUAAGGCAUAAGGUACAUUUCUGUGUCUGGCAAAGAGCUUUUCUGUUGGUUAUGUCCUGGCAGCCUCUCUGCUGAGCACUGUGUUCUUGGAAGUUGGAUGCAUCACAUGGUUCCGUCUGGAACAAGUGCCCUGUGAAAUGAGGCAUCAUCUGAGAUGAGGAAGGAUGAAUGCGAAAGGCAGUGACUCUGGGCAGAUCCCCACCCUUUGCUUGGAAAACGGCAAAUGCUUUGGCAAAACAACUUUGUGCACCAGCAAAGAUUAAAUGGAUGCCGAAAGUUUGGUGCUAGACCUUAAUUGUGCUUGCGUUCUAUAUUGAUACAUCAAGGAAGACAAAGAUCUUGUAAUAUGUUAAGUCUGUCAAGACCUCCAGGUGUGUGUGUGUGUAUGUAGGUGUGUGUGUUUAAAAACUAAUCAGACUUGGAACUGUUACCGUCACUUCCCUACUUGUGUAAAAGAAUCAAUUUGUUUUCAUUUACUUGCAUGGCUGCCCAUCUAUUUCUUAAAGAGCUCCUGUACCUUCUUUAUCAGUGGUUCCCAACCUUUUUUUGGCCAUGCCCCACCUAAGCACACCUAAAAUCCUGAUCCUCCCCAACAUAUAAUUCUUACUAUUCAAAAAGUGAACUCCUGUUCACGUGGAGAAAGCCUAAAAGGCCACUCACUGUUAAUAACUCAUUCUCAAAUUGCCUCCCUUAAAAAUCAAAUUGCCCCCCUGUGGGGCAUGUGCCCCACCUUAGGAACCAUGGUUCUAAACUAUGAUUUAUUAUCAUUUAUUGCAUUUAUAUCCCUCAUUUUUCUCCAAGGAGCUCAAAGUGGUAUACAUGGUUUCCCCCUCGUCAUUUAAUCCCCACAACAACCCAGUGAGGUAGGUUAAGCUGAGAUGCAGUGAGUAGCCUAAAGUCACCCAAUGAGCUUCAUGGCUGAGUGGGGAUUUGAACCUUGGUCUCCCAGGUCCUAGUCUGAUUCUAUCCACUACAUCACACUGGCUGUCUAAAUAUGUGUGUGAUAACGCAGCAAGUGGUUUGGUUUUGCCCCAUUGCUGCAUCUUCAUGCCAGGAAAAUUUAUGCCACUUCCAUACACACACCCAUUCCACAGCUGUUUAAAGGCACAGGAAUCCUGUAAGGUAGGGAAGGAAAGUUGCCACUUGUUUUGUGAGGGAGAGAAGGAAAAUUUAACUGCUUCCUGGAAUUGAGCUGGCCAGAAUUAAAUUGUUAGUCUUUAAAGUGUCACAAGGUUCUUUGUUUCUAUGUUGUGGUCAAGCUUAAUCAUCAGUGAGAGAGGGUUAAUGGUUCUGAUGAGUCUUGGUUUGCAAAACUGGAUCCUGUGAUCCCGUAUUAAGGUUAAUGUACUGGGAUUCAAAGCAUCAGUACCGGUAUUAACUAUUCCAAUAUACUGUACAUAACAGUUCAGUACACUUUAGAAUUGGCAGCCUGCCUUGCGAUCUUGAAGGUGUCCUGGUGUUGGAUUUUUCCUCAGGAUUUUCUCAGUUCCAUUAGAUCAUAGGAUAAACAGCAUCCAUUCCUCAGAAGGUUUAUGGCAUGCAAUGAUCUACAAACACUGUGUCAUACAGAUAAAGCUCAGGUGUUUUUUUCCUCCCCUCUUCCCGUUCCCCACAAAACUGGGAGGAAUUUGGAAAAUUUAGGAUAUGCCCUUCUUCUGAAGGUGAUUUACAUGUAAACAAAGGAUCACGAAGGGUUUCUUGGCAUUUUUGCAAGAGCUGUGGUAACUGGGAGAACUAUAAAGAUGGAAGUGGACAUAAUUGGAUUUUAUAACCAGUUAUUAACUUAUGCAUAGCAAAAUGUUCUAGAGCCUGAUCUGAGGAAACUUAGUGUAGCCAUCUUGCUGAAGCUAAGCAGGUCUUGAUCUGAUCAGUGCCUACAUAGAAGACACAUGUGUUCCAUGAUGGAAGAAAGGCAGGAAAAUCUGUCUAUCUCUAGAAAAUUAUGGGUUGUAUCCAACUGUGACUGAUUUCUCUGACCCAGAGAAAGCUUUUGUCCAGAAAGAGAGGGGAGCCCCCCAGUGCACUUUUUCCAAAGGGUCCCCCAAGUUUCUGGAGUACUGUGCAUUUUGGGAGGCAUGAUGUGGGGAGUUACAGAGGGAAUGGGAAUUUAUGGAAAUUGCUCAAUCACCCCCCUACCUCCUUCAUGGCAGUUUUUUCUGGAGCAACUAUCCUUUUGUGCAUAGGCAGACAUAAGUGGUAGCCCCCCCCGAUGUGUCUAUACCAGGCAUAGGCAAGCUUGCCCUCCAGAUGCUUUGGGACUACAAUUACCAUCAUCCCUGACCACUGGUCCUGUUAGCUAGGGAUGAUGGGAGUUGUAGUCCCAAAACAUCUGGAGGGCCGAGUUUGCCUAUGCCUGAUCUAUACAUUUACCAGACCACUUUUCCCUGUAUUGUAGACUCUAUGUGUAUCUGAUACAACCUAUUCAGAAACUAAAACUUGUUUCCUCCCCAUUGCGUAAUUCUUUUGCUGUGAUAGCGGUAAAAUUUUCAUCCUUUUAGUUUAGUUCAUUAGCAGCAUUCUGUUUCCCCCUGGGUAACUCAACCCAGGACCAAAAGUUAGACUCUGUAAAUCACAUGCCCUCAGUACUUGUGGCUUACAAAUAGGCCUUGUGAGAAACUGAUAAUGCUACCUCACAGUUAAACAGGUGGGUUACAGAUCAGCAAUGCUGGCCUGAUUGCUUUCCAUUCAAUGUGAACUUUGCAUCAAGGUGAUGAGCCCUUUAUAGCCCAUGAAUCUAUUGGAUGUUUCUGUUGCUGUGGAAGUCUGUAGGCUUUUGAAUUGUAUUCCGUUAUAGAUCUGUUGCUAGUUGUUGUGGUCCUUAUACUGUGUGUGCAGUGAGGGGCACAUUUGGGUAUCUUGCUGCAGCUGUUUUAUGUCCUUUAUUCUGAGGGUAUUAUGAAAGAUUCUGUAUACCUUUGCUUGUAACUGUUCUGUGAAAAACAACCAAAAAAAUUGUUGGUUGGCAUCUGUCUCGGGAGACAGUGAGGGGGAGUGCGCCUUUGGGGGUGAAGUCAAACUGUUGGAAGGUUGUAGCGCCUGCUGUAGCUGUAGACCAAAAAGAAACAGAACAGACAAUCACGGGAAUUGAAGAUGCCCAAACAUCUUAGUGUUUUGGUAGCUGUAGACCAGACAUCCCCAAACUGCGGCCCUCCAGAUGUUUUGGACUCCCAUCUUCCCCGACCACUAGUCCUGUUAGGUAGGGAUCAUGGGAGUUGUAGGCCAAAACAUGUGGAGGGCCGCAGUUUGGGGAUGCCUGCUGUAGACUAAUGCAGGAGAGACAUGUUUUGUUGCAGCUGGGGCAGAGGUGGGGAAAUUUCAUAAUGGAACUAAAGUGUCAUAUAAUCUGGAGCUAAUGGCCAUGUUUGCACACCAUGUUAAACCAGAUUAGUACAAAGUGAAGGAGGUGUAGUGUAGCAAACCUCAGGCUCAAUGCCUUCCCCUUCUGUACUCCUGCAUGGUUCAAGUAGGCUUGUUUUCAAACUAGCCAUAGGUAUUUGCAACAUUUUGUCAUUUUGGACUAAACAAUGGCCCAUGGUUAAGAAGAAGCAAAGCCUUCCAAAUUCUUCUGCAUGGAAGGAAAGAGAAGAGAAGGGAGGACACAAGAGCUAUACUGGAUCAAGCCCCAGGCCUAUCUGUCUGUUCCCACAGUGGUUAACCAGAUGCCUAUGUAAUGCCUGCAAGCAGGAUAGUGGCACCCACCCCACUUGUGAUUCCUAGCAUCCUGCACUUGCUAGGAUGUGCACUUGCCUCUGACAGUGGAGGUAGAGCAUAGCCACCCUGUGUGGUUUAGUGGAGCCUUUCUCAACUCGAUGCCCUCCAAUUGUUGUCCUGUUAUAGCUCCCAUCUUACCUGGCCAUGGGCCAUCCUGCCUGUGGCCGGUGGAAGUUGUAGUCCCAACAGCAUGAAGCACUGACUUUAUUCUUUAACUUACAUUCUGUCCAUUUGUGCCAGAGGCAAAAGCAAUAAUGGAUCUAAAAUAAAUCUGCAGUGUUGCUAGUUGACUUAAAACACUGAUUGUGUUUGACUGUAACUUCAGUGUAAAGGCCAAGGGAAGGGGGAGUGUCUCUUAGAAAUCUCUCCAGGCCUUCCAAAUUUUCCUGUGCUCUUUAACCAGCCCCUGUGUGUUCAUCAUCAUCUCGGCACUAUGUGGGAAUUGCUUACAAUAUUUAUCAGCACUAGAAGGCAAACAGUCUAAGGGGUGGGAGGUAGGGAGGUCGCUAUCCCUUCCUUUGUGUUAAUCAUUCCCUACCGAUAACCUGUGGCAUUGGUGACAGGUUCCUGUUUGCAUUGGAAGUGAUGGUGCUGAGACACAAGGUUGCUAAGAGCUGUCAGAUGACACUUGCUCACAUGAGCCCAUUAGGAGGGUGUUGCAGCCAGUUUUAAAACAAGUUUGCAACUAGGGAGUAAGUGAGAAAGCAACCUCUCUCUAUAUAUCCAAGGCCAUCUGGUUAGGUCUUGUGAUCAAAUAAUUGCUAGCUACAGAAGCAUACCAGGAAGCAAGAUAGUCAUAGCUCUUACUAGCUACUGCAUCUGGCAGCGAAUUGGUUGGUUUACUAGGAUAUACAAGUUGUGCUUAUUUCUUUUUUGUAAUUAAAUUAUGUAGUGCAUUGUGAGCCUUUGGAAUAGAGAAUAUUUACAGGCAUGAUGCAGCAAGGACCACUCCUUUAAAGAAAGAAGACGACAACAAAGAAGAAGAAGAAAACCCAAAUGAAUUCCCCCCAACCCCACUGAGAAAGUUUAUAACCAAUAGGUACUGAACUGUAAUGAAGGACCCUAGGUAGAUCACUCUUCAGUACACACCGGCUACUUCUAAGAAAUGAUGAAUGUGUGUUUGUGUAAAAGAGAGAGGGGAUACCUGUGAGCUCAACAUGUGUGGAGGCCCGCCAAAGACGUCAAACAGCACAGGGGACCAGGCUGAAAAAGGAAGAGAGAUUCGCGGUUCCUCUACCACAUUGGAGAACAGCUUUUCAAAGGCAAGGUUGAAUAAGGCUAAGAAACCACUUGUGGUGGAAAAGAGUUCCAAUUAUUCAAAGGGAGUAUCUGGAAAGCUAUCAAAAAGCUCGUCCUCUUCAGGGUUUGACCUAAAUGAAAUCCGCUUGAUAGUCUAUCAAGAUUGUGAGAGGCGAGGCAGACAGGUCUUGUUUGACUCCACAGCAGUCCACAAGAUUGAUGAGACAGCAGUUCAGGAUGCUUCUGGGAAGACGUGGGGCAAGGGCUACCAAACAACCGGUGGAGCCAGUGCAGCUUCUCCCUGUAGUGCUUCAGUGGACAGUAGGCAGAAUGUCAAGGAAGACAUUCCUAAGUAUGAGUACACCAGGCCAGCUUCUGAUGUCAACAUGUUGGGAGAGAUGAUGUUUGGUUCAGUAGCAAUGAAUUACAAAGGCUCUACGCUGAAAAUCCACUAUAUACGCUCUCCUCCGCAGCUUAUGAUGAGUAAAGUUUUCUCUGCCAGAGUAGGCAGCUUGUGUGGAAGUGCAAAUAGCUUGCAAGGUAGCUUUGAAUACAUGAAUCAAGAACCCAAUUUAGCAAGACCGAACUCUAAUCCAAAUAGUUUGGGCCCCUGCCACAGUGGAAGUAACCUAGGUGUGUUGCAGCUGUGUAGCAACAAACUGCUGCAUGGUGUGGCUGAAGGGGGGCCUCUCUGGCUCACCCGGAGUGCUUCCUUCUUUGCAGCGCACAGCACACCUGUUGACAUGCCUAGCAGGGGGCAGAAUGAAGACAGAGACAGUGGCAUCGCUCGAUCAGCUUCCUUAAGCAGCCUCUUGAUGACUCCUUUGCUGUUGUCAAGCUCUUCUAGCAGCUACCACCGCCGCUGGAUACGAAGUCAAAGAACAAGUUUGGAAAAUGGCAUUAUUCCUAGGUGGUCAACUGAAGAAACUUUCAGCAUGGCAGAUGAAAGCUGUGGCCUCAAUCCUGCAAUGGUUCGAAGGAAGAAAAUUGCCAUCAGUGUCAUUUUCACCCUCCCGGAAAAAGAAGAGGCCCAGAGGGAAUUCCAGGAUUUCUUCUUCUCUCACUUCCCCUUAUUUGAAUCACACAUGUGCAAGCUGAAGAGCGCCAUUGAAAUGGCCAUGAUCACCUGCAGAAAAAUAGCAGAAACAAGCCAAAGAGUGCAAGUGUACAUCAGCCGUGUCAUGGAUGCUCUGGGUGAAUUCAGAACUACAAUCUGGAACUUGUAUUCAGUUCCAAGGAUUGCAGAGCCUGUAUGGCUAACCAUGAUGUCCGGCGCUUCUGAAAAGAAUCAGUUGUGCCAACACUUUCUGAAGGAAUUAACCAUCUUGAUAGAACAGACCAGCAAAAACCAGUUCUUAGCGGCUCUCUUGACGGCAGUGCUGACCUAUCACCUGGCUUGGGUCCCCACAGUGAUGCCAAUUGACCACCUUCCCAUCAGGGCCUCUUCUGAGAAACGUGCCUCUCAGUCUGUGAACAUGCUGGCAAAAUCUCACCCUUACAAUCCGCUCUGGGCACAGCUUGGUGACUUGUAUGGUGCCAUAGGCUCACCUGUCAGGAUGACGAGGACUGUAAUUGUUGGAAAGCGUAAAGAUUUGGUUCAACGCAUCCUCUACAUUCUUACGUAUUUCUUACGGUGCUCUGAGCUGCAGGAGAAUCAUCUGACCCGGAGUGGGCAAGUUGGCAGAGGAGAGCAAGCCCUGAGUGACGGCAAGAUCUCAACAGCUCUAGAAAAGGGAGAAGUGGAGGAUUCUGAUUAUGUAGUAGUCACUGUUAGAAAUGAACCUGCUCUCAUACCUCCCAGUUUGCCCCGGAGAACCGGGAGCGCUGCUGCUGUGGGAGAGAGCUGCUUUGAACCUACCUGCUUGAGGCGGGAGCAUGAAGGAAUAAAUGCUGGACAGAGUUCUGAGCUGCCCUCUUGCUUGCCCAAAGCUGGCUCCUUCAAAGGACUUGUGGAGGAAGCUAAGAGGGGGGAAACGGUGGCUGGUUCAGAAGGUAUAUCCAGGGGGUGUGCAAAAUUAGAGGAUUUAACAACAGGAAUGAAGGACGGCAACCAGUGUAACACAGCAGGACAGCUGUUUUGCAGCGAGGGGGCUAGCCAGAGGUACCCUCAUUUGGAAAGAGUUACCUUCCAAAUUGGAAGCUCCCCGCCACCCGAAUCUGAUUUAGAACCCGCCCAAAGGGAUCUGGAUGAAACUGUAGGGAUGCCGAGGAGCAAAAGCAAAUCUCUGUGUUUCCUGUCAAGUCCGCUGCAUGCAACUGCCCAAGUGCAGCAGGAGACGUCUGACUUCUGUCUUAAACCACGUGCUAGGCAGAAAGCUUGUAAAACGCGACUACCAAGUGCGCUUCGGUUGUCAUGCCAUCCACCUGUCCCUUCUGAGAGCAAAGUCAAAACUGCAAAGCCAGGAAGACUGGGGGAAGCUGAAAGCACACACUGUGAAAACUUGGAAAGGGUUUCUCUUGACUGUGAUUCAGGAAGUCCCACUGACAUGCAGAUAUAUGGCCAAGCUAUUACGGAGGAUGUCCCCUGUGGGGAUGCUGGAAGCAAACACCCUUUCAGAGUGGAAGAGAACAUGCCUAGAAAUGAGAGCUCUGACAGUGCCCUGGGAGAGAGUGACGAUGAAGGUAGCACAAAUAUUCCAGAUGGGCAAUCUCUGAGCUCUGUCAACAGUAGGACAGAAGAACUUUCCGAAGUAGAACUUGCUUUGCCAAGAUCCAACACAAUCAGCAAUCAAAGUGUAAAGCAUUUUGGAAGGUCCCUUCUCGGUGGCUAUUGUGCCUCAUAUAUGCCUGACCUGGUGUUGCAUGGAAUCAGUAACGAUGAGCAGCUCAAGCAAUGCCUAUCAGCUGAGUUGAGUCAUGCAGUGAAUCAUCCAGUACUAGAUGAGCCCAUAGCAGAAGCUGUUUGCAUUAUUGCAGAUACAGAUAAAUGGACAGUACAGGUGGCCACAAGCCAAAGAAAGAUAACCGACAGCAUGAAAUUGGGCAAGGAUGUCCUGGUCUCGAGCCAAGUGUCGUCUUUAUUACAAUCCAUUUUACAGCUUUACAAACUUAACCUUCCUGCUGACUUUUGCAUUAUGCAUCUCGAGGAUCGGCUACAGGAAAUGUACCUCAAAAGCACGAUGCUGUCUAAAUAUUUGCGAGGCCAAACGAGAGUCCAUGUGAAAGAACUUGGAGUGGUAUUGGGGAUUGAAUCCAACGAUUUGCCGCUGUUGGCUGCUAUAGCAAGUACCCAUUCUCCGUAUGUUGCUCAGAUACUCCUCUAAGCUUAAAAGCUGAAAUCACAACUCCCUAGCAAAGUAAAGCAGAUGGGAUGGGUGUGUGAAGAAGAGAGCAAACAUGAAGAGAUGGCGGAACAGAGGGCCAUUCUGUCACUUUUCCUCUUCUGCAUUUUGUCUGGACGCUUACCAGCGGAAUUUCAGUUUACAUAAUAUAAAAGACAUUCAGGGUUUUUUUACUGUUUUUGGAGUAAACCAAUCAAGAAUGCAUCAUUGUAUUUUAAUGGACAAAAGGAUUAAACACUAUUGGAGGAUUCCCUACUUAUACAUAGUUUUCAGCCAAACAAAAGAAGUAUGGUUUCCUUACUAUUAUUGUCUUGUUCUGAUUUCCCACCCACCCAAAUGGGGAGCAGUAAGCAAAUCUGCAUUCCCAUUCUCUUUUGUUAGCGCAUCAAACCUCCGUGGAACAAGAAGUUGGAAGUUAGCUACCACAAUCUUGUUCUGUGGCUGAUUGGCUCUUAAAAUGGACAAAGCAGCACGAGAGCGGCAGUGUUGUUUUUGGUUGUUCUUGGCGGAGGCGGAAGCUUUGGAUCUGCAUCACAGCUAGAUGAAAAUGGGAGAAAGUAGUAGUAAUCUCUAUUGCAAACUUACCUUGUUGCAAAUGUCAUGUCUUGAAUUUCCAGUUUUCUGGUCUUACAGGUUGAGAGCAUCCUAACAUAUGUACAACCAGCUCAAAAAAGCUCAUGUUUGAACCUUAAGAACCGAUACAAUCAUGAACAUAGGUUUGUAUCCAUCCUAGUCCUGCUUGGGUUAGAAACACUGAAAUGAAUGAACCUGUUUUAGUCAUGUCAGUUCAUUUCACUGAGUCUACUUUGUGUAGGACUAGCAUUAAAAGCACCCAUUAACAUCAACUCUGGAUAGCUUGUUUUAAAACUCUUAUCUGUUGUCCCAUGAAUAAGGGAUCCCUCUUUAGCACACUGCAGAAGCAGGAUCAACUUCUUUAAGUGGAUGGAUGAAACAUGCAGAAGAAAUCCCAGAGACGAUAUCGCGAGGGGAAGGUGGUCAUGGUAACAGUGACAGCAAUUCAUUAUAAUUCUCAAGUGUCUGAAGCGAUCCCACAGAAUGUUUUGCACUAGCCUCUUGGUGCCUUCCUCUCUUGUAUGUCUUAAUUCUAAAAGAGAAAGGUAUGUGGUUUUAAAUGGGAAGUUAGUAACAUGAGCUCUCUCUCAAUUUUCUAUGUUGCUAUACAACUGUACACAUAGGACCGUAUUUGUCUUGGUUUCAAUCCCUAUACCUAGGGCUUUUUCAGAAGGCUCAGUAUAAAUGUGACUUCAUUUUAACUUCCAAGUUCUGCAGGUGACUGUGUGAAAUUAGAGUAAGAAAGAGCAAAAACUACUUACAAUUUUUUUGAAAGGCUCCCGAUUGGCACAUUGUGCAAUCUCUCAUGUUGGACUGAAAGUGCUAAAUGGAAGUAAAAAGAAGUUUUGUCAUAUUUGGCAACUGACCCAAGCAGUGUUGGCAAUUGGAUGCAAUGUUUGUCCAAAUACCGAUUUAAUAAUUUUCUUUUUCUGGGGCUUGUCAGAUUUUCCAUUUUCUCUCAUUGCUUAUUCAUCCUUGCCAAUACUUCCAUGACAACACUUAAUCAUACGGUCAUUCCUGUUAUAGAAGCUAGUAGUUAUCCAUAGCAGCUUUAUUCUGUUCCCUGCCUUUCUUUCUAUUGCAAAUUAGCUAAAAAAAAAAUCAAUUUUCCUCUGAAACCUUCCCUUCCAAAUGAAUGAAGCCCAGUUUUUGACAGAGAAGACCACAAAGGCAAGGGUUAAAGAUACUUUUCUUGUGCUUAAAUCAUGGUCAAGGAAUCAAAUUAAUUAACAACCCUUGCUUUUAUCUCAGAAUAAAAAUCAUAAUAUACUUUUCCCCCUUUAUAAGAACCAUGCAGAUCUUUAACAAUUGUAUCCUUUUAGAAAAAGUAGCUUCAUUCUAUAUUUAAGAAAAAACGAUGUGUUUUAUCCUUCCAUUUAAAAAAACUACCUCAGUUGACAGAAUUAAGCUGCCAGUAGGGGGCAACUUAAAAGUUGUACAUGUCAUGAAUUUUCUGAAAGAUUGUGCUGUAGCAUUUGAGAGGACAAAAACUGCACUGGUGACAGUCAAUAGCUACCUUUUUAUCAUAAGCAUGCUUUAGUUCUGAUAUUUUUAAUAGUUUUUAAAGUAAUGUGAAUGUACCUGAGAACCAGUGAAAGUGGCUAUGAGAAAGGAAUCUUGUCUGAAAUCUUCAAGAUUCCAAAACUUUUUAUUUUUCAUGCUGUGUUAAUAGUAUUCUGCUCUCCUCCCCUCCAAACAUGUCUACUUCUUUGUUUGUUUCCUAAGCAGGAGCAAAUUCCUUCUGAUUCAUAUGGACCAUAUUUUAAGUGUAGCAAGCUUAUUUAAUAAAGCAUGUUACCUGGAACAGAUGAAGUAACAUAUACCGUACUAGGAGAAGGGUGUGUGUGUGUGUUGCUGCAAGUAUGUGUUCCGAGAGAGAAAAGCAAAUAGUGUUUGGGGUUUUUUUAUUGACCAGCUGCUAAUGUCAAACUGUGGAAACUUCUUAAUUUGGGCUGUAAAUGUACAGUAUCAUUUGUCAAUUUCUUUGUGGCAUUGGUGCAAUAAAAUUGUAGAAAACCACUUCAUUAGUGGAUUGCAUAAAUCUCUCUUUGACAAUAUUGUCUUUACUGAGUCACAUAUUCAAAACCAAAAGAAACAGUUCGAAAUAUUAUAAUCAGGUGUUCAUAGUCUCAGAUGUUUAGCAAAAUUUUGCAGAGGGGUCUUCACACUUUGCUAAUGUCUAACAAAUGGGAGUACUCUGUCUUACAGAAUAUUUCCUGAUGUUUUCUGUAAACCUGAAUUGUGUGAAGGAAGUUAGUAUUUAUUAAGAAAUAUAUCCUUAGCCAAGGCUCUUCUACAUGUUCCUACUAGCUCUUAAGUUUGCUGGCAUGCACAUUGAAUCUUCUCAAGGGCCAGAAGCCAGAAUGGUACUUGAGGAUCUAGUCGAAGGGGUAAGCUCUGAUCAGCAAAGGACUGGGCUGUGUGUCAUGCUCAGAAAAACCACAGGGUACAGUGUUUUCCAAGACCACACCACUUCAAACUGCAGCUGGAUCAAGUAUUUUGAAUAUUGUCCCUCUGAAAUAUAUCUGCCCUGCCUGUGGAAAAUUUUGCAUGGAAAAAAGUUUGGUGAGGACAUGGGAGAGGGCCUUCUCAAUAGUUGCUCCCAGACUUCUAGACUGGGCUUCCCUCCUCGCUGUCUUUCCACCAGCUGCUGAGGACUCUCUUAUUCUAGCAGGCUUGGGGGAACUGGCUGCUUCUAAAGAAAGGGCUUUUUAAUAGUGUUGCGCUAUUUUUGCUAUCUGCAUUUUAAUAAAUCUUUUUACAUCAUUUUAAUUCUGUUACAGUUUAGUUGCUUUUUAACUUAUCUUUUAUAUGUUUUUCGCUAUCUGUGUUUUACUUGUGUUUCAGUUUUUGUGUGCCACCUCGAGUCCUGGUUCUGGGGAAAAGGUGGAUGAUUAUUAUUAUUAGAAUUUAUAUACCACCCUAUAUCUGCAGGUCUCAGGGCGGUUCACAGGAUAAAAUCAGAAUAUAAAACCACAAAAUACAUAAUCAAAAUAAUAACAACAACCCGAUAAUACAAAUUAUCACAUAGCCUUCUCAUUGCUUUGUUAUUCUUCUAUGUGGAAUGAUAUUUUUUUUGUGUGUGUGUCACAUUUAAAUCCCUACUUCCAAAGUUUAAGUGGUACAGUCUAGAAAGGGUUGUACCAUGUAGUUUCUGAAUGUGCCCAGCUCUCAAACAUUUUAAUCUGAAUAAAUCAUGGUGUUCACACAGGUAUCCAGGUGUAUAACUAACUACAUGUGGCCUUCUUACUAAAUUGUUUGGAUUUUUCUUGGGGCAAAUAUUCAGCCACAUCUUUUAUCAGUCACCAUCCAUUGCAUGACUUAUUCUGAGAAUGCAACCUUGCAAGAGAACACUCUGUGAUCACCUACAGCAACAUGUACUAUGGCCAUUUGCCAAGUGAGCGUUGUUGUUUUUCUUUAAAGCAAAAUUCAAAAACAAAAUUAUGGUGGGUAGAUAAUACGAUGGUUUAAACAUUAAAAUCCUCUGCGCUUUGAUGAGUACCAUUUAAAAAUAAACAAAUCUAAUUUAUGCAAUGACCCCUUGCUUGCUUUUCAAACAUAAGGGUAUUUUAAAUGCAGCAAGAGACAAUCAAAAUAGAAAUGUCCUGAUUGUACACAUAAAAGCAACUACUUGCAAGAAUUACAGUUUAAGCUCAGGAAUUCAAAUAAAUAAAAGAGGUGUUGAGUGGGAUCAGGUUUUUAGCUAUUAAUGCAUGUUUACUUUUAUCCAUGAAAGAAGAUUGACUGAGUGGAACUAAAAUAUGCAAAAUGGAAUAGUUGUGUGUGUUGGUGGGGGAGAGCCUGGUGGCUGAUUGGAUUGGCAAGCAUGCAAAGUACAAAGCAUUGACCUACUUCUAGUACCACACAAAAUUAGCUUAAUGACCACAUGUUGGUAAUCUGCAUGCUGGCAAACUACCCUGUAAAACAUGUCAAGUCAUAGGCACUUGUCUCUCUUGCUGAGUCUCAGGACUGAGGAAGUUGUCUUAUAAGAGAUAGCUGAAGGUAAUGAAUUGCAUAUAGCCAGGAAUUCAUCAAGGUCAAGAUAGUACAUGGAAGCUUAGGAGAGACUGCCUGUCAAGUCUUUAAAAAUAAAUGUAAUCUCAGCUAAAUUGGAUUUCUUGUAUUCAGUGCUACAACAAUCUGCCAAAAGUCCUUUAGGCAGGGGGAGUCCUCUAUGCUGACGCUAACAAGAAGUUCCUAUACCAAGAAUAAACAGUCAGUCCUGUAAUAAAGAAACUAAUUUAAGCAGGGUGCAUUUAAAUGUGACACUUGUGGGAUAUCUUUGGGGAGAAGAAAAGGCUAAGGAAUAAAUGCUACAUAAAUCCGGAGUGGAAUCCCUAAGACUGUUGGAUGG